AUGGCUCCGUCGGAAUGCGGGGCCUCCACUCCGCCGCGGGAGUGCCCUCCAAGCGCACGACCCCGGGGUCCGGACCGCGCCGCGGCCAGGACUGGACCAGGAAGCUUCCUCCCGACGCCCCGGCUCCCCGAUCGGCCCCUCGCCGGGGCCCGCAGGCGCCUGUCCGCGCCGCCCGCAAAUUCACCGCGAGGCCGCUCGCCUCGAGUCUGCAACCCCCCCGGGCCCUCGCCCUUUCUCAGUUCGCAGCCGCUCCCGCGAGGGCGAAGCGCGCCGAGGCCGGCGCUGUGGCUGCCCCGCGGCGGCCUGCGGCCCGGCUCCCAGCGCCCGGAGCCUCCCUCCCCGCUGCCUCCCGCCGGGCCGGCCUCGCUCCGGGGCCCCGCGAAGCCACCGCACGAACGCGUCCCGGGUCCCCGCCGCCCCUCGCAACCCCGUGGCCCGCCCGCCCCCGCGCUGCCCGUGGCCCGGCCGGCCCGGGAGGCGGCCCGACCCCGGGGACGCCGCCCGCGAGGCCAGGGGCCGACCCCGGAGGGCCCGGCGACGAAGCCGGGACUCACCUUUCCCCGGCGCGGCCCGUCUUCGCUCCGGUCUCCGCGGCGUCUCCGGCUCCUCCUCAUCCACCCUAGCAGGAAGUGA